GGGGGGAACGGGACCAAGCAGCAUCUCCUUCGCCUCCCCUCGCCCUGCCUCCCGCACCCAUCCUCCGAGGGCUCUGGUUCAGAGGCUCAGAGGCGCUCUGCACGCCGGCCAUCGCUUCCAAACGGCGCCGUUUUGUUUUGUUUUGUUUUUUUCGUUUUUUGUUUUCUGCGGAGCAAAGGACUUUCAGAUAUUCUAGCGGUGGCUGCGACUCAGGCCAGCGCCCCCUCCCCCUAACGGCCUCCUCUCCCGCUCCAGUUCCCCCUCGCCCGCCCCUGCUCUCCCACCUCAGGGACGGCGCUGGGGGUGUGGCCAGGGGGCCGGUAUAAAGUCCCGGGAGCCGGUCCCGGGCAGCUGCUCAGCCCCCUGCCCCCGCCGCCUGCUGGGCCGGGCCGAGGAUGCAGCGCAGCGCCUCGGUGGCUAGGCUCGCUCCGCUCCGGCGUGCUUGCUAACUUCCCCAGCUCGGUUCCCUGCCUGCCUGCCGGGGCCGCCCUGUGUCCCCGCGCCCUCCGGUCUGGUCCUCUAAGCGCACUGGGCGCUGCCUCCGGGUCCCUUGCAGCCAGCUCGCGAGCCCUCGCUCCCUUUCCGUGCUCCAUCUUCGUCCUCACCAUGCUGCCCUUCGGCCUCGUGGCCGUCCUGCUGCUGGCCGCAGGGCCUUGGCCGAGCUUGGGCGACGAAGCCAUCCACUGCCCCCCCUGCUCCGAGGAGAAGCUGGCGCGCUGCCGCCCCCCUGUGGGUUGCGAGGAGCUGGUGCGGGAGCCCGGCUGCGGUUGUUGCGCCACUUGUGCCCUGGGCUUGGGGAUGCCCUGCGGGGUGUACACCCCACGCUGUGGCUCAGGCAUGCGCUGCUACCCGCCCCGGGGAGUGGAGAAGCCCCUGCGCACACUGAUGCAUGGGCAGGGAGUGUGCACGGAGCUGUCCCAGAUCGAGGCCAUCCAGGAAAGCCUGCAGUCAUCUGACAAGGAUGAGAGCGACCAUCCCAACAACAGCUUCAACCCCUGCAGUGCCCACGAUCAUAGGUGCCUGCAGAAGCAUAUGGCCAAAAUGCGAGAUCGGAGCAAGAUGAAGGUCGUGGGCACACCCCGGGAGGAACCCCGUCCUGUGCCCCAGGGUUCCUGCCAGAGUGAGCUGCACCGGGCCCUGGAGCGGCUGGCCGCCUCUCAGAGCCGUACCCAUGAAGACCUCUUCAUCAUCCCCAUUCCCAACUGUGACCGCAAUGGCAACUUCCACCCCAAACAGUGUCACCCCGCCCUGGAUGGACAGCGUGGCAAGUGCUGGUGUGUGGAUCGGAAGACAGGGGUGAAGCUUCCAGGGGGCUUGGAACCCAAGGGGGAGCUGGACUGCCACCAACUGGCUGACAGCUUCCAAGAGUGAGGGCUGCCCGCAGGUGGGGGGACUCAGUGCCCCCUCCUAGGCCCCUGUGCUCUGGGGGCUGUAGAGUUGACCUGGUAUGGAGUUUUGGUCUGAGUCCCGGCUCUCUGCCUCUGGCCCUGCCCAAAGUUUCCCUUGGUGUAUGUGUCUGCGUGAGUGUGUGUGCGUGUGUGUGUGUGUGUGUUUAUGGGUGCAAGUGUGGCCCAUGGGGUAAGCCUGAGCCUAGAGUACCCACUAUGGGCUUACAUAGCCCAAGAGGUCUGAGUGUAGGGACAGGAAGCCCCAGUGCGUUUUCAAAUCAAUCUUGAAUUCAUUCAUUCAUUCAGCCAUCCGAAAAUAUGUAUUGACAACAUACUACAUGCCAGCUUUAGUUUUCAACCCUGGGAGACCUCACUCUCAUUUUCUGAUUGUAGCAUGCGAGGUGUUCCUAUAAGGUAACCAGAGGCCUGUAGGAGAAGAGAAACCUCAUUCUUGGAGUCAGAGAGGAAGAAAGUUGUGACCACACUCCCUGUCCUCAUCCUAGUCAGUGUGGGAAGGUGGGAAGUAGAAGAGGGCUUAAGGCUCAUGAGACAGGCCUCUUCUCUCAAGCCAAGCUUUGCCCUGGUCCCCUGUUCUCAUCCCUCAGGUUCCCCAGGGGCAAGAGGUGGAGGGACGGGGCCCAUCUUUGGGUCUGGGACUGGGUUAUCUGAUUGAUUGCCUGGCAGAUGGAACUCUGCUGUGGGAGAGGAAGGCCUGAAGGACAGGGACCCGGGGGGUGGGGUCAUCUCUUUGAGCAGUCAGGAGAGAAGAAAGGAUGGAGGGUGGCUGUGUGUGCCUGAUGGAGAGGAUGAGGAUGCUGAGGACCUGCCCUGGACCCCCUGUGGUUCCUGGUCAUGAAGUCAUCAGGAUGACCCUCUCUCCCCAGCUGCCCACUGCCUGUGACCCUGCCUCCCUCACCCUAUUUUCCUUCCCUGGCACCUCCUGUCCCACUUCCUCUACCCUCCGGGGCAUUUUCUGGCUUGCCUGGAUAGACUUAGAGACCUGCUUGUUGGCUGUGAUGUCUUUUCAUUCAAUUUUUUUCUUUUUUUUAAAAAACAACAAAAAAAAAGAACAAAACCAAAAGAUAA